UCUGACACAGAACGAGAAGUCUGUGCACUGCCUGUCUCUCAGGGGGCAUCGCUGCACAGUGAGCCCUUAAUCUUUGCAACCUCCUCUGCACUGCUGCACUGCAAGUGAGUUAUUUGGAGGUAGAAGCUGACACAGCCAUGGAAGAACACCAAGCAGGAUCUUCAGACCUUACUUCAGAGGAACAGAAAGAGGUUCAGAUUAUACGUCUGCAUAAAGAGGAACUAAUGGAAGACAUUCAGAAACUAAAGAUGGAAAUCGCAGAAGUCAUUGCAGAGCUCGAGAACUUCAAUCACACAGAGGAGAGUAAAAUCGCAGAAAGGAACAAGCUGGUGGCAACUGGCAGAAAGAAAUUCAACAUGGAUCCAAAAAAGGGUAUAGAAUUCCUGAUACAGAACAAGUUGUUGUGUCAGAAUGAAGAAGAUAUUGCCAAGUUCCUCUACAAGGGGGAAGGUCUGCACAAAACUGCCAUUGGAGACUAUCUCGGCGGGAGGGAACCACAAAAUGUCAAGAUUCUACAAUCCUUCGUGGAACUGCAUGAGUUUUCUGAUCUCAACCUGGUACAGGCAUUAAGGCAGUUCCUGUGGAGCUUCCGAUUGCCAGGUGAAGCUCAGAAGAUCGACAGGAUGAUGGAGGCCUUUGCAACGAGAUAUUGCCAGUGCAACCAGGAUGUUUUUCAAUCUACUGAUACCUGUUAUGUGUUGUCGUUUGCAAUCAUUAUGUUGAACACAAGUCUACACAAUCCGAAUGUUAAGGAAAAACCGGCACUGGAGCGGUUUGUGGCAAUGAACCGCGGGAUCAACAAUGGAGGAGACCUUCCGCCAGAACUACUCAAGAACUUGUAUGAGAGCAUCAGGAAUGAGCCGUUUAAAAUCCCUGAAGAUGACGGGAAUGACUUAACGCACACAUUCUUCAAUCCUGACCGGGAAGGAUGGCUUUCCAAACUGGGUGGUCGAGUAAAAACAUGGAAACGUCGGUGGUUCAUUUUGACGGACAACUGCCUGUAUUAUUUUGAGUACACAACAGAUAAAGAACCCAGAGGAAUUAUUCCAUUGGAAAAUUUGUGUGUGAAACCAACAGAAGAUUCCCGAAAAUUGAACUGCUUUGAUUUGUAUUCACCUAAUAGUAAAGGUCACACCAUAAAAGCCUGUAAAACAGACACAGAUGGACGAGUUGUUGAAGGUAACCACCAGUUUUACAGGAUAUCUGCACCUUCAAGAGAAGAAAGGGAUGCAUGGAUCAAAUCAAUCAGAGCCAGUAUUACUCGAGAUCCUUUUUAUGACAUGGUGGCAGCAAGAAAAAGAAAGUUAACCAGCAACAAACUGAAUUAGAAGGACCUUCAGUUUCCUACCUCUGAACUGCUAAAUAAGAAAGUGAAGUGACUUUCAGUUCUACAUAUAUUGCACAUACCUUUGAGGUAUUCCUUCUGUUCCAGUGGUUGGAGUGUGCAUGUGUCCAUUUAGGAUGGUGCCUGAACUAUCUCCUGCACUCCCGGUAUUGGAUUGUGAAUUGCAGAGAAUUCCAGUUCCUUUCUCCACUUCAUCUAUUGAGAUCAAAUUGCCAAUCCAGAUAUUGGGACUGAGUCAAGUCUUCAUUGAAACUAUCAGGAUUCAACAAUAUUCACAGAUUCUGCACUGCACUAUUUCAAAGAAGAAAAUUCAUAAUGCUAUAUUUUUAUUAUUUUUUUUGGUUCCACUGACAUCUGUUGGAUUAUCUCUUUAGCACCUUAUACUUGUGCAUCUGUGUAUUUAUUAACAUAAGAGUCAGAUUUCCUUGUCUGUAGAUGAUCAGCUAUGAGCUUGUAGUACCUGCUUAUACUUCCAACAUAACUAUUGCACAUUUUAAUAUGAUUCAUUCUAUGGGCAAUAUCUGGACUAAUUAAGAUAAAUGUCGGCUCUUGAUGCAUGGUUCCCCAGUACUAAAGAACAUUGGGAUUGCAAUUCACUCUCCGAGGACAAAGACGUUUACAAACGUACAAGCUUUUUGUUGAACAUACCACCGAGUGACUAAUGCUUUGUAUUGGGUAUAUAGUUGGUUUAAACGAAAGCAAACACAUGAUUAAGUAUGUUAAGAAUAGAAAAUAGUGUUACAUUUUAUGCAGCUUUAGGUUCAGGCCUGGUGCUCUGAUUCUGAACCCUAAAUUAUGAUGUUGCACGUUUUUGCUUUCUAGUGUUCUGCCCUAAUUGCCUGAAACUGCAGCCUCUCACUGGGCUAUAUUUCUGCUUAUGCUAGACACUCAGUUGAGCAGUCUUCAUCCUCCUAAUGUUGGCAAGCUACUCAAAAGCAUGGAGAGAUAGGAGGAAUGCAACUGAAUCUAAAUCUUUGGCGGCACAACCAAACUUUCCUUAGGCGAGUUUUAUCCUGCAUCUCCCCUUCCUCAGCCUAUGAUAAAUAGCAAACCUUCCAUAAUCAUCUGGUUGUGAGAGAGGCAGUAAAUUGUAGUACAAACGUAUUUCUAAUACACCUUACUCUUUCUGCUCGGGAUGCAUGCUAUAAUUUUCCUCUAGGUUAGAAGAUAGUGGCUGUAAGGCCCACUUUCUAUCCUUGAGCACAUGACCCAGGCUGUCAGUGUGUUACUGAGAGAGUGACAGAUUGUUGGAGAUAGUUUUUCUCCUGCUCUCACAAGCUGA